AUGAGGGAGAUAGUCCAUCUGCAAGCAGGUCAAUGUGGAAAUCAGAUCGGCGCAAAGUUCUGGGAGGUGAUAAGUGACGAGCACGCCAUAGACCCAACUGGAGCAUACCACGGAGACAGCGACCUUCAGCUUGAGAGAAUAAGUGUGUAUUACAACCAGGCAACGGGAGGAAAAUAUGUCCCUCGAGCCAUUUUAGUGGAUCUGGAGCCAGGAACAAUGGAUUCAGUGCGCUCUGGGCCAUUUGGGCAGAUCUUUCGGCCAGACAAUUUUGUCUUUGGACAGAGUGGUGCAGGAAACAACUGGGCAAAAGGUCACUACACUGAAGGUGCAGAUCUGGUAGACUCUGUGUUAGAUGUGGUGAGGAAAGAAUCAGAAAGCUGUGACUGUUUACAGGGGUUUCAGGUCACUCACUCUCUGGGCGGGGGCACUGGAUCUGGUAUGGGAACCCUGCUGAUCAGCAAAAUCCGUGAAGAAUAUCCUGACAGAAUUAUGAACACCUUUAGUGUCGUUCCCUCCCCUAAAGUGUCAGACACUGUAGUAGAGCCAUACAAUGCCACUCUGUCUGUGCACCAGCUUGUCGAGAACACAGACGAGACCUACUGUAUAGACAACGAGGCUCUGUAUGAUAUUUGCUUCCGUACACUGAAGCUCACAAUCCCUACUUAUGAUGAUCUGAAUCACUUGGUGUCUGUUACUAUGAGUGGAGUUACAACCUGUUUACGGUUCCCAGGGCAACUUAACGCAGACUUGCGUAAGCUGGCUGUCAACAUGGUUCCUUUCCCCAGGCUGCAUUUUUUCAUGCCAGGAUUUGCCCCCCUCACAAGCCGUGGCAGCCAGCAAUACCGCGCCCUCACGGUGACUGAGCUCACACAGCAGAUGUUUGACGCAAAGAACAUGAUGGCUGCCUGUGACCCUCGACAUGGACGCUACCUGACAGUAGCAGCCGUGUUUCGCGGGCGCAUGUCCAUGAAGGAGGUGGACGAGCAGAUGCUGAACGUGCAGAACAAGAACAGUAGCUACUUCGUGGAAUGGAUUCCCAACAACGUCAAGACGGCUGUCUGCGACAUUCCACCUCGUGGGCUGAAGAUGGCAGCCACGUUUAUUGGAAACAGUACAGCCAUCCAGGAGCUGUUCAAGCGAAUCUCUGAGCAGUUCACAGCCAUGUUCAGGCGCAAGGCUUUCCUUCACUGGUAUACGGGAGAGGGCAUGGAUGAGAUGGAGUUCACUGAGGCAGAGAGCAACAUGAAUGACCUGGUAUUUGAGUACCAGCAGUACCAGGAUGCUACAGCAGAGGAGGAUGGCAGCCUCAGGAAAAUGAACAAAAUGCAUAAACAACAGUUAUGAUUCAGAUCGACUCUUUAUGAAUUGCUAUUAUGAGUAACCUUGAAUUCCAAAGAAUACAAAAUUGCUUGGAUUGACAGAAGCACUGCUGUGAAAAUUAGCCAUCCAUUUUGAAUAAAGUUAACAAUUUGUUUGACUUCUUUCCUCACAAGGGGGUAUGAUGCAGAAACGAAGUGGCUUCAUAGAGGCUUGAGGGCUCCCCAGUGCACAAGU